AUGGGAACCACAGAAGCCACUUUGCGGAUGGAGAACGUGGACGUGAAGGAGGAGUGGCAAGACGAGGACUUCCCCAGACCUCUCCCAGAAGAGACGGGGAUGGAGUCGCUGGGCAGCCCUACAGAAGAUGAGAAUACGUCCUCUCCCCCAAAUACUUUAAACUUUAACGGGGCGCAUCGUAAACGGAAGACACUUGUUGCACCUGAAAUCAACAUUUCCCUGGACCAGAGUGAAGGCUCCAUUCUCUCCGAUGACUUCCUGGACACACCAGAUGACCUGGACAUUAAUGUGGAUGAUAUUGAAACUCCUGAUGAGACAGAUUCCCUCGAGUUCCUGGGGAACGGGAACGAACUGGAAUGGGAAGAUGACACCCCUGUAGCCACAGCCAAGAACAUGCCCGGGGACAGUGCAGAUCUCUUUGGGGAUGGUGGGACAGAAGACGGGAGUGCUACUAAUGGACGGCUCUGGAGGACUGUCAUCAUUGGAGAGCAGGAGCACCGCAUCGACCUCCAGAUGAUCAAACCCUACAUGAGAGUGGUGACACAUGGAGGAUACUAUGGAGAAGGUCUCAAUGCCAUCAUUGUCUUUGCUGCCUGCUAUCUUCCAGACAGUAACCUGGCCGAUUACCACUACAUCAUGGAGAAUCUCUUCCUAUACGUGAUCAGUAGUCUGGAGCUGCUGGUGGCUGAGGACUAUAUGAUUGUGUACCUAAACGGAGCAACACCCCGGAGGAGGAUGCCAGGCCUUGGUUGGCUGAAGAAAUGCUAUCAGAUGAUAGACAGAAGGCUGCGUAAAAACCUCAAAGCACUGAUAAUCGUGCAUCCUUCAUGGUUCAUUCGGACAGUGCUGGCUAUAUCCAGACCCUUCAUCAGUGUGAAGUUUAUCAAUAAGAUCCAGUAUGUUCACAGCUUGGAGGAACUGGAGCAACUUAUCCCAAUGGAGCACGUGCAGAUUCCAGACUGCGUCUUACAAUAUGAAGAAGAGAGGAUCAAGGCCAGAAAAGAAAGGGCAGAAGAGAAACAAGACAUGGCUGAGAAGGAAAGCAGGCCUGUGCCCCCAGCAGAGGAUCAAGAAACCAGGUUUGAUUUGUACCUCACUCUUGUUUGUCUCUAUGUGACAGAUUUCGUUGCAUUUGUAAUCCACUAA